UAAACAUACAUAUCUAUUGUUCGUACAUAUGUACAUGUUCUCAUGUGUAGAAUUUAUAUUGAAACUUGUGUUGUAAACUUGUCAGCCUGCAUUUAUAUUUAUCAAUAUAUAUUAUAUUUCAAUGAACUUUUUCGUAAGUAUUAUCCGAGAUAAGCCGAAGAUACGAUUGUAAUCGUCUUUGUGCCAGCCAUUAUUUUCAUCCCGGCGGUUCGUCAACGACGCCACCAAGGUGACCUGAGUACGUUACCCGAGUUGUCACCACUUCCUAAUAAUUUCGCCAACAGUGUCACCCGAACCUCCGCGAAGAGAGGUUCGUAAUACUCGACACGGUGGCUUAGUGCAGUCAUGAACGCGAAUUUCCGCUUCAGAGAGGCCCACUCGAGAGAGUCGACGUCGGACCAGAAGCUGGAGAUUGACUGGUGUAUCUCCUCGAUAGGUUUCCCGUACGAACAGGACGAGGAAAUGGCUAAGAACGUAGGAGAAAGCCGCAUACCGUUGCCACGAGCGGCUCGACCAUCGUUUUUUCCCAAAGGAAGAGUUUUAGGAGGAACAAAAAUCGGUACUGGUCGUCGUCGAUCGCUUGUCCUUAGUUGUUUGCAAUCGGUGAAUGCGGAAGACGAUAUUUCGACACCUAUCCCAAAGUGUUCUACACGGGCUACUUCGACUCCUUUGUCUACAGGGAAUACAGGGAACACAAUUUUCGCGAUAUCUCCUGUGUGGGACAUCGAAGAAAAUGAUGUGCAACAGUUGGUCUAUUUGAGCGAAGAAAAGAGCAACUUCUUUAGCUUGCUCGAAACCACUGGCACGUUGAACAGGAUCGAGGACGUCGGCGACAGCUGUCUCAGAGAUGUCAACUUGAGUUCCUAUAAUGACAACACAUCCGGUACACCAUCGCACUAUUUGAUGCUAAACAAGCAAAACUCUUUUGAACACGACGAGAGUCUUGGUAUAUUGACGCCUGACCAGAUGACCGACUUUACGGUCGCGCUAGAAUGCUCCAGGACACCAUCCUGCGAGAAUCUUACUGGUUCCGGAGGUUCAAGAGUAGCUUUGACUCGAGCUUCAGCCUCAAGACCAUCGGUUGAUGCUGAACCGACAGAAGAAGGUUCGAGCGAGCGUACACCUUCACCAGAAGAACUUCCACUGGAUCCAAAACCUGCUGAACCUGCGAGAGGAUCCGUAGUCCCGGUAAGCUUUGUUACGUCGGUGACUAGCAUCACCAGUUUAGAAGCUGGCUACCAGGGCGACGGUGAAAAUUCAAGGCCAGCUAGUCGUGGGGCCGAUCCACCUUCCGUUGCUCCACCACCAAAUUUACCAGCUCCUUGUAGACAAGAUCCUAUGACUGAUUCGGAUUUCUUUACCGAAAGUGAUGCCGAUGCUCAUGAGGAAAUUGUACGUGGUGAUAGAAAAGCACAAGUGAUUGAUGGGACUCUGUUUUGUGCUCCUGGAGGACGACGAUGUCCCAGUUUCACUGGCGAAGAAAUGGACUCCAGUGGUAUUUAUUCGGAUCUUGAUAAAAAACAGGACGAACGUCACGUUCCUGGAGAGGCGUUAGAUGAAAACGAGGAUCAUACACCGGAUACUGUUGAUACCGAAGUUUCACAGAGAAGUCAACCGUCUCCUGUUAAACCAGAGGCUACUCAUGUGUUUUUAGAUUUCGUACAAAUGAGUCCACGGGUUUUGACCACUUUAGAUGUAUCAAACGAAGCGGAAACGGUAUUACAAACUGCUGAAAUUACGGUGAUCGAAGUUAAUAGAGCAAAUGAUAUACCUAGAAUAAAAUCUUCGAAUAAAACAGAAUCGAAUUCUUUGAAGAAAUACAAGAUGCCCAAGAGAAACGUCGUUUCGAAAAUUAAAGCGAUGAUCGAGUCCGGUCCAAAAGAUGAGGCGGAGAAAGAAGCUAGACGGUCUCAGCGAUCUCAAAGGAAAGGAAGUCGAUGGGAUGCGGUGAUGAGUAAGAUCGAGGCUGGUAAAAAUGAACAAAGAACGAGAUCCUUAAGAAAGGAAGUUAAAUCCAGGGUGUUACAAGGUUUAACACAAUCAACGUCUCCUGAAACAGCGUUACAAAAAGUUGCUGAUGUGGAUAAUAACAAUAGCAAAGAUAAUAAAAGAAGAACGCGUGGAAGACAAACAGUAAAGUCACCUAUACAAGAGACAGCUAGAAGCUCGGUUCGUAGUUCCAUGAGUGAUCUCAGCAGUGCUCCCAGUAAAGAAGCUCGUAAGAGAUCACCGACGUCGGGAAGUUCACCAAGGAGAAUUGUGGCAAACGGUCGUGGUGGCCAACAGGGCCGCGUCAAUAGUUUUCAAGAAAAGAAAAAUUGUUCUUCCGUGGCGACAAUCAAUCUUGAAAAGAGCCCGACAGUGUCGCGCAAGCAACCGAUUACCAGGAGAUUAACAACCAACGUCCCUGCCAAGCAACCGUCACAGCAACGACAGCAACAGCAGCAGCAACAACAACAACAACAACAACGUGCCACGAGGCCAACAGAAAAAGAUAAUACAAACGGUUAUGCGGUGACAAGAACCACCACCAUCGAAACUUGCGAUCAGGCUGCUCAAACGGACGUACCCUACGAUGUUCAUCGCGCUAAGAGGGCCGAACAAAUUGUCCAAGCUUUGUCCGUCACCGUACAAUAUCUUGCAUACGAACUGGAUGCAUUUUCAACACCAAAACUAAAGAAGAAUAACGAAAAUAUGAAGACCGAGUGGUUAGCAGUGUGCUCGGAGAUAGAUGAACUACGAGCGAAAUACAUUACCAUAGAGGAAAGAUUCAGUACAGCGAGGAAGGAUCAUUGCAGAGCCUUGGAUCAGCUUCGCGAAGAUCUGGAGAGUCGGCACGCGGACCAGCUGGCAUCUUUGGAAAGCAACUUACAGGAGGAGAGACAGAAAUGCGAGUUUAGGCUAAAUAAUUGCUUGAACGAGGCAACAAAGGAGCAUCGAGCAGAGAUCGCGAGGCUACGAGCCGAACAUGAGGCUGAAUUGAUGCGUAAAGAUGCAGAGACCAAAAGAAGAUCAGUCGUCCAUGAUCAAGGUGCAGCCUUGGCGGCGGAAGUCGAGUCCUUGAGAUCUGUCUUGGAAUUGAAGAGUCAAGAGAACGCGGCCUUGAGAUCGGAACUGGACGGCAUACGUCGGGAGAUCGAGGACAAGGACAUAUUACAGCAACGAGUGGAGAUGCUCGAAGCGAGAUGCGAAGAUUUGAAGGCUCAGCUUCAGUGCAAGGAGGCGAUGGAAAGACAGAUCUCUCAUAAUAACGAGAUGCUCCAUGAAUCGAUGCAUCAAGUCUCAAAACAGAACAAACGUCUUUUGCAACGUAACGAAGAAUUACAAUGGAGGUUACGUCAAAAAAACGAAGUAGUAACAGUCCUGGCGAAUCAACUAGCCUCGCCACGACUGUCUAGAUCUUUAGGUCCUGAACACAUAGAUCAUUCGUUAUCAUUCGACAAAAACCCGCAACAAUCUUCUUCUAUGAUAAAGUUUGUUGUUGAGAAAAGCGAUUCGGUCUCGUGGACACUUGACUUAGAUGAAGCACACACACCUAUGAACGCACCACCGAAACUCUUGACACCGGAGGGUUCCCUAUCGGUAUCUCGACAAGGCUCUUUAAGACUUACGCCACGGAGGACUGGUAUUGACACGAGAGCUAGAUCCAAGAGCAUCUCUGUGACUGAUUCUGCGAGAACCGAAGAUUCGACUUGGCCUUACACCUCCACCCCGGUUAACGCACGAAGAAGACCUAGAAGCGACCCAUCGUCCUCUUCAACCUCUUCUUCUUCAUCUUCCUCGUCGACAACUUCAUCCUCCUCAACGGCUCCAGCCAAUCCCGUUGUUGCAGUUGCAGUAGCUGCAGCGGCUGCCGCUGCCGCAGCUGCCGAAGAUUGCAGCGCCAGUCAGACACCUCAGGAAGCUGGUGGCGAAGCCAUGAUCUCUGAAGAAACCUCCGCUUCCAGCAGCGAGGACGAGUCCUCUACGAGCAGCGAUAUACCUCGUCUUCCCAUGCAGUUUGCUUGGGGAAAAUCCAUCAAUUAACACACAAAUUAGCCAAGAUUUUCGUUUGUGCGACCGUAAACCGAUGGCAUUUCGCUUGCCCUGCCUAUCGACCCUAUCUCCCUCUAUAUUUUCUCUUUUUUACGUGCUCGCAUUUUUAUACUUUCGACGCCCUUCUUUCUUCAGAAUCUUUCUAUCGAAGAUUUGAAGAGAAAAUACGCGUACAAAGCGAAAAAUUAACGUCGAAUGUUCGUGCACGCAUAUAUACGUGAUAUUCGAUAUCAAUCAAUAUCGAAAGAAUUUUUUUUUUAUUUGUUCUUGUAUCUUUUUAUUAUGACUUCAUGGGUUUUUUCUUUUUUUUUUCUUUUUUUUUCUUUUUUUCUUUUUUCUCUAUUUUUUCUUUUUUAAUAUUUUUUUUUUUUUUUUUUUAGUAAAGUUGACCACAUAUGUUGUCGUGAACAAGAGUAUUGUGUAAAAUUGUUAGACAUUCUUAAUUAUUAAUGUAUGAAAUGAUAAAUGAGACGAGUGUCUUGAUUUUCGUUCCAUUGGAUGAGUCCUUUGAUUCAUUGCAAAAUAUUUUAUUAUUUUUUCGUUCUCGUUUAUUUUUCCUCUUUGCCUUUCCUAUUUCACGAUCUUUUCGUUCAUUAAUAAAAUAAAAAAUAAAAAAAAAAAAUAAAAUAAAAUAAAAAAACUUUCUUUUAUUUGCAAUGUAUACAGGUGCCUAAUACUUUUGGCCAAGGAUGUGUAUAUGUUAACGGAUUUAUCUAAUCAUGUAUAAGGAGAAAAUAUGUUUCGGUCGUCUGGGCCAUUACUUAUUUAAUUCGUGUCACUUUUACACAUGUCCGUUUUAUAAGAAUGCGAUUACAUUAAGUCUGUAAAUAGGCAACGAUGUUUAUAAAUUAAUUAAUUUUUAUCGCAAUUGUAUAUAGUCAAGAACGUUACAUCACAUACCGUCUCCUUCCUCCUGAAUCAUCGAUAAAAUAUUCGCUGCGCUUACACUUAAAAUGGCUGAUUUUCACUAUAGCCACAGCCUAAAGAGCGGCGAAUUAUCGCAAUGCCAUUUCUUCGAGGGAUCACUAACGGUCUUUUUGAAUCAGUGUGAUAAAUAUGAAGUUGAGUUUGAAGUUGAUUUGUAUUACAGAAAACUCUUUUUGGUGAUAGUUUUGGAACAAUUGUGCAUUGCAAUAUUCGCUGUUCACCUUUUCAUGAUGGAAAAAAUAAAUAAAUAAAACAAAAAACUAAUUAUGUUAUCGUUCGAUUUCUUCGUGUUACAGUUUCGAUAAGCUUAUACGUAAUACGAUUAUCAUAGACCGAUAUAUUAACAGCAGUGCGAACUCGUUCAAAUUUCUUACGAGAUCGAGAUACCGUGUAAAUGCAUAAGCCUAUCGAAGUUAUGUAUCGGCUCAAAUUAUGCCAGCUGAAGCGAGAAUCGAAUAGAUGCAAAGUUGACUCUAAUCUGCUCUCUUUGGAAAAACUGGAGAUCACAUUCGGUAGCAGUAGCUUAGGGAUAAACGGAAGUAUUAUUCGCAAAGAAGUGUUUUUCUCCCACAUGUGCUGGCAAAUUUAAUGUAUUAUAUAUUUAUCAAAUAAAUAUUAUCUGAAUUACCACAA